CUGGAAAAUGUACAACAAAAGGAAAUCUUUAAAGAGAGUAAGAAAAGGACACAAGAGAGAAAAGAGCCAUGUCCUGCUGAUUCGGUAGAAUCUCUGAUGGCGGAAAUGCCAUUUGUCGACACAGAUAUUGAAGAUGAAUAUGUUAUGCAUGCAACCUCUGAAAUAAAUAUAAAAAAGAAAAGAAAGAGAACUGCUGGAAGGGAAAUUGAAGAAGGCAGUGAGAAAAAGAAGAAAAAGAAAAAACAGUAUCAGCCGAAUUACUUCAUUUCUCUUCCAAUUACUAAUCCAGAGAUUACUGGCAGUAUUCAGGCUGUCCAAGAUGCAAUAACGCAAAAGGAUCAAAGGCUUUCCAAAGCAAUGGUUCACUCUGGCUCGUUGCAUGUCACCAUGUUAGUGAUGCAUUUAUCCAAUGAAGAAGAAAUUAGCGUAGCAGUUGGUGCUCUUUCAGACAGCAAGGAUUUUGUAGAAGAUCUCCUAAAAGGAAAAACCGUGGAUUUGUCUUUUCAAGGAAUUGAUCACUUCAGAAAUGAAGUUGGAUUUGUGAAGUUGGCAGAAAACGAUCAUACAGCUAUACUUAUGGAAAUAGCAGAGACUAUGAAGAAGAUAUUUCAAGAAAAGGGCAUCUUCACAGGAGAAGCAAGAGCUUUUAAACCACAUCUGACCUUCAUGAAGUUGUCAAAAUCAACACAGCUACGUAAGGAGAUCAUACAACAGUAUGAAAAACAAGGAAGGAGUGGAUGA